ACAAAAUACACGCUGAUAGAUGAGCAAGACAUUCCUCUCGUAGAGAGCUACUCUUUUGAGGCUCGAAUGGAAGUUGACGCCGACGGGAAUGGUGCUAGAAUCUUUGCUUUUGCGUUCGACAAGAACCGAGGGAGGGGAUUCGGGCGUCUGCUGCACGAGCUGCUGUGGGAAAGACACCGGGGAGGCAUCGCCCCAGGGUUCCAGGUGGUGCAUUUGAAUGCAGUGACCGUUGACAAUCGCUUGGACAACCUGCGAUUGGUACCGUGGGGCUGGAGGCCCAAAGCUGAAGAAAUCUCUAGCAAACAAAGGGAACAAAGCUUAUACUGGCUGGCGAUACAACAGCUUCCGACUGAUCCCAUUGAGGAGCAGUUCCCCGUAUUGAAUGUCACACGCUACUACAACGCUAACGGAGACGUGGUGGAAGAAGAGGAGAGUUCCUGCACGUACUAUGAAUGUCACUACCCUCCCUGCACAAUGAUUGAGAAACAGGUGGUGGAUACCGAGUAUAGUGCGGACGCGGUAGAAUGGUGCCCGGUGGAAGGCUGGCACAACAUCCUGGCCUGUGGCACCUACCAGUUGAAAAAAACGGAGAGUGAGCCUGGCCAGGACAGCGAAGCCCCCGUGCGUCUAGGACGUCUCUACCUCUAUUCCUUUGAAGAUCAAAUUUUCACACCGCUGACGGAGAUCCAGAGGAUGGAAACGGUGGCUAUAUUGGACCUUAAAUGGUGCCAUGUUCCCAUUGCAGGGCAUCCUGUGUUAGGCAUGGCAAAUGCCAAGGGGGCGGUGAAGCUUUACCACUUGAUGGGAAGCGAG